CGCUGGCCGGAGCCAAGGAGACCACCGCGGAGCGGAGCGGCGCGCAGUGUGCGGUCGGGUGCCGGGUGGGCCCAGUUCCGCGUGGGCCGGCGCGAUGAGCUCGCCGCCGCCCGUGCGCAAGGGCUUUUACCGCCAGGAGGUGGCAAAGACAAUGUGGACGGUGCGCGCCGAGUACCAGGACCUGCAGUCCGUGGGCUCGGGCGCCUACGGCGCCGUGUGCUCGGCCGUGGACAGCCGCUCCGGCGCCAAGGUGGCUAUCAAGAAGCUGUACCGGCCUUUCCAGUCCGAGCUGUUCGCCAAGCGCGCCUACCGCGAGCUGCGUCUGCUCAAGCACAUGCGGCACGAGAACGUGAUCGGGCUCCUGGAUGUGUUCACUCCUGAUGAGACGCUGGAUGAGUUUACAGACUUCUAUCUGGUGAUGCCAUUCAUGGGCACAGAUCUGGGCAAGCUCAUGAAGCAUGAGACACUGAGUGAGGACCGCAUCCAGUUCCUUGUGUAUCAGAUUCUGAAGGGGCUGAAGUAUAUCCAUGCUACUGGAGUCAUCCAUAGGGACCUGAAACCUGGCAACCUGGCUGUGAACGAGGACUGUGAGCUGAAGAUCCUGGACUUUGGCCUGGCCCGACAGGCAGACAGUGAGAUGACAGGAUAUGUGGUGACCCGGUGGUACCGGGCACCUGAGGUCAUUUUGAAUUGGAUGCGCUACACGCAGACGGUGGACAUCUGGUCGGUGGGCUGCAUCAUGGCAGAGAUGAUUACAGGGAAGACACUGUUCAAGGGCAGUGAUCACCUGGACCAACUGAAGGAGAUCAUGAAGGUGACAGGGACGCCUCCCGAAGAGUUUGUGCAGAAACUACAGAGCACAGAGGCUAAAAACUACAUGAAGGGCCUUCCUGAGCUGGAGAAGAAGGACUUUGCCUCUAUCCUGACCAGUGCCAGUCCCAUGGCUGUGAAUCUCCUGGAGAAGAUGCUGGUGCUGGACUCAGAGCAGCGAGUGACAGCGGCUGAGGCACUGGCCCACCCCUAUUUUGAAUCUUUGCAUGACACAGAAGAUGAGCCAAAUGCCCAGAAGUAUGAUGACUCCUUUGAUGAUGUGGACCGCACUCUGGAUGAGUGGAAGCGUGUCACUUAUAAAGAAGUGCUCUGCUUCAAGCCUCCCAGGCAGUUGGGGGUCAGGACCGCCAAAGAGACAGCCCUGUGAAGAGCUCCGGGUGGCUCAGGAACACCCUAAAGACCCUGGUGAGGAGCUGUAUCCUCUAGAGCCCCCUGUAAGAGAAACCCUGGUUAUGACCCUUGCCCUGGCUUGGAGAGGCUGAGUAGACCCUCAGCCUGUGAACUGUCUGAUCCCUGCUCCAGCGUGAUCCCAGCCAACCUGGGCUGCCCCACGGCCUCCGAGGCAGUAGCCCCCUCUACCGGGAUGCCGGAGAAAGCCUCAGGGCUGGCAAUCCGACGAGUGGGAAGAGGGAGGGCUCAGAGUACCAACUCAGGGACAUUGGCACCCCUGGGGUGUGAGGACAUUGUGGACACUCCUGCACCCCAGCCAGGAGUAUAAACUAGGCGUUUGCUGUGCCCACCAGGCUGGAAGGAAAUAAACCUUUCUGUGGACCUCC